AAAAGAAAUUUGCCUCGCAAGAAAAAAUGUCGUCUGUAACAUUUUUCGGGAUAAAAACCGAAUUUGAUGCCAAACGGAAACGCAAAAGACGUCAUCGACGUCGCCAAUUUUGUCUGCCGUGCUUUAAUUUGCCUCGUGUCACUGCUCAACUGGAAAAAUUGAUGGGAACCAAUGUCGUUCGCUUAACUGAUCGGAAAUACAUGCAAGAGCUUCAAAAACGCAUAAAAGAGGAUUAUUGUGCGACACUUGAAAAGCGAAUUAAUAAUCGAGUGUCCAAAGAAAUGGAUCGCGAAAAGAAUUUGCUUUUGCAUGGAGUUGCUGAAUCUCUUCCUCCUGAAAUGGCGGGACAUCCUGUCUUUUUAACGAACAUCAAAACUAACAACGUUGUAUCUAAAAAGCGAUCAAAAUUGAAGACAAUUCGUGAAAAAAAUGCCGAACGCCUCAUAAAACAAGGCGCCAAAUGGGAAAAGGAACGUUUGUUGCUCGAAGAACAAGAUCGCUUGAACGAAAUCGAAGCCAAAAAGCGUCGUGAGAAACUUUUGGAGACCGAGCAGCUUUAUACAGUCGAAAUUAAUGCUCAAGGACUCGACAUCAUGGCGAUCAAAAGUCGAAAAUACACCGAACCCGAGAUAAAUUUGAAGGAUUUCUUGCUGAGUGAACGCGAAGCUGCCGUAAAAAAGAAAUUUGAGCCCUUGGAUCCGUUCAAAGACGUUCAAAUGAUGGUUGCAGCAAAUAAACUUUUACGUAGGCGCAAAAUGAAGAAACUCAUCGAAAAGGACGAAGGAAUUGAGGAAACUGAAGCCGGGAAGCAAGAAGCAGCUGCUAAAGCGAGUGGAAAAUUGACUCCUGAGACGCCGGAAGAGGGUUACAUCUCGUCGAACGUUUCAGAUAAAGGCAGUGUUGACAAAUUAAAAUCAACUUCAACAACUCCUGAUCCCCCGACGCCGAAAAAAGAGCAAAAAUCUCGCCCAUCUUCGUCACGCAAACCAACGCCAGAGCCCGAAAAACCCAAACCCGAGUCAAUUCUCAAGGACGAAACGAAAGCAAAAUCCGAAGAAAAACCCAAAAAAUCAAUUCCGACGUCAGUUUGGAUCUAA